GGUUGCAUCAAGUUUCGUUCUCACAUCCUACUAUAUAAGACGUUAUUCAUUUGAUUGUGGCAUUAUUCGAAAUCGACCCUAGUUCAGAGUUAAAACUUGAAUUUUCGUCUCUUCUUUAAUACGAUAAAUUGGUGUGCGAAAACAUGAACAAAAUUCUUUGUGUUACCAAUGUGCUAGUGGGUCUUCUGGCGCUGAGUUUGCAGAUAGCAGCAUUAUCCAUUUAUACAGAAUGGGAUCCAGAUAAAGCAGGUGCAGGCAUCUGGGGAGGAAUUUACCUAGUCAUCUUUGGUGUGCUCCUGAUGAUGAAAAAGCUGAAAACGAGUGGAGCCGUUACAGGCAUGGCAGUAGUCGCCGUGUUGAUUGGUAUCACGUUAAUAGGACUUUAUUCGUGGAGCAUUGAUAGUUAUCAGGAAGCCAUAUCUAAUUGUGGUUGGGUACCUGCGGCCAAAAUUUGUGACAGAGCUGCCAUUGAUUCCUUAAUGAUCAUCAGUGGCAUAUUAGCUUUAAUCGUCAACGGGAUCAUUGCCACAAAAGCAUCAUCUUUUGUUCCAUAAAAAAGACGAUCAUGCACGAUAUUUCUCUGCAACAUCACCAGAGACAGAAUUCCAUUUGGAUCAUAGCUAAACUGCUGUACCUUUCCAUAACACAAAUAGGAAUUAAACAAAAUAAAAUUUAAUAAUUAGAAAUUCGAUAUAUGUAUCGAUAAUUUGUUAUACGUAAAAGCUAAACGUCAAAGUACAACGAAACAAAGUACAAAUAAAUAAAGAAAAAAUUUGAUGGGGUUUCCUGAUCGAAAUAUUUUACUACCCGCAAACUACUAAGGUCCCUGGCUAUACUGUUCUAAAAACAACACUUUAACCGUUAAAAAGCAUUUGAAAAAUUCUAUAAUGUAAGUCCGAAUUCCUAGGACCACUCAACAUCGC